GUUUUGAUUUUUGCUGCGAGCAUACGUUAGCAAAAUAGUUUCGACAAGCAGUGAAAUACCUUAAUAUAAUGCCAGUUUUCUUAAAUACAUACCUUAUAGAGUAUUUUCGUUGUUAUUUAACUUGUAAAACGUAGAAAGAUAGGCAAUACUCGACAAACAAGCUCUGCUAGUUAUAACUAGUUGAUUUAGGCUUUGUCGGACGCGCUAUUGCUUAUUUUUGGGAAAUAAUAUUUACCUAAUUCGAAAACAGUAGUUUUUUGUGCAAUGUCUGUCUACAGCAGUAAAACGACCAACACUUCCAUACUGAAGCCCUUCUCCAGCGCAGAUCGUGAGCGCAUCAAAACAGCAGCCCUCAACAAAGUGCGCUUCAUAACGCCCAAGGAGAAGGGCAUUGUUGAAUCGGUGCGUGUGGCAUUAGAGGAAAAGAAUUUUCAUUUGAUACAGGAGUUUACAUAUUUUCUUCGAGAAGCUGACCUGAGUGAUGAGGAAGUUGUGCAGAUUAUGAAAGAUGCUCGUAAAAUUGUGCACAGCUUGACUCCGGUCUUUGCCAACCUUGUUGAGGGUCUGCUGUCGCUCAACUGGAAGAAGUAUAGCCCGGAGGCCAUUCAAGCCUACACAGAAUUUAGCAUCGAUGUUAUGAUUGCCCACAGUUCAUAUAUACAUAUUGGCAUAGCCAAAUUAGUUUUAAAUUGGAUACCCAAUGAUCACGAGUCCGCGGAAUGGUUAAAUGGGUGCCCAUCGGAGCGCGUGAAGGCUGAAUUAGAAACUGUGCACAAUUUACUCAAUCGUAUUCUAACUGCUGUACCUAUGGCUUUUGAUGUGGUCAUCGAUACGGUUGCAACAAAGUUUCCAUACUUUAAAAAACCAGCUCAUGUCACAGCUGGCUAUUUGCAUAAUGUGUUGUGGUUGAUGGAUUACAAGCCGGUGUUCGAAGAGCUAUUGCUGCAGCUGGUUCUGCAAAAGUUGCUCAUACUGGACGUAAAUGCGCCACGUGAUGAAAUUGAAGCACUCAAAGAGGAAACGGAUGACGAAGAUGACAAGAUGGAAGAUGAAGCUAUAUUUCAAAUGGACGAUGUUAGCGCUCCGCCUAAGCCGCCACAAUCAUUAGAACAUCCCGUUGGUCAAAUGCUGGACAUAUGCCUAAUGAAGCUUUUUAAGUUCCUGGACGAUAAAUGCCGUCCGCAACCUGGUUGCACCGAUGAUCAGCGUGUUGCCAAAAGUAGAUUUUUCAAGACGCUUGUUCACAUAUUCGAUGAAGUCUUACUACCCAGCCACAACACUCAUCACGUUCAGUUCGUCAUCUUUUAUGCAUGCAGCAUUCGUCCAGCGUACACAGAGAUCUUUCUCAGUGCCCUGUGGCAAAAAGUACAGAAUCCAAAUGUAUCCUCAAUCAUUCGCCAUGCAGCUGUUAGCUAUAUCGCCAGUUUUCUGGCACGUGCCAAAUUUGUACCUCUGAGCACCAUCACCUACUAUCUCAAGGAGCUGAGCAACUGGGCAAACACCUACAUCAAUGAUUCGGAUGAAUUUAGCAGCAAAAACUGUUCAUUAAAAGCUAACAUGGUUUUCUUCUCCGUUUGCCAAGCCAUGUUUUAUUUAAUCGCUUUUCGUGCGCGGGAUUUGACGAUUAAUCACAAGAAUUUGAGUUUGCUGAAUUCACUGCAGUUGUCUCGGUUGGCAAUGUGUCAUUUUAAUCCAUUGCGCUACUGUCUGCCGCCGGUGGCAACUGCAUUUGCGGGUGUUACACGUACCCACCAAUUAGCAUAUUGUCACACUGUACUGGAGCGCAAUGCACGUCGCAAGCUGGCUACCAUCUAUGGCCAUGACAAGCUGAUGCCAGAGGAAACUCUUGAAACUUUCUUUCCCUUUGAUCCAUACAUUCUUCCACUGUCCAAUAAGUACAUAGAACCAAGUUAUCUGGUCUAUAGGGUACAUGAGCUAGAAGAGUCGGCGGAGAGUGUUGCAGUCGAGACUAUGCGUCGCAAGCGUGGCGAUUCCGAAAUGAUUGAGGACGACGAGUUUAUACUGGCGGAUAAGCGGCAAAAGCUCAGCGAACUGUCCAAAAGCCAACAGUUUGAUAAACAGUUUUACUAUGGUGCUUCACCUGGGUUUAACCAAUAAGAAGUGGGGGACAUAGAUGUAAUAGUAAUUCGUAUUUAUAAAAUAUAGACUUUUAUAUAUUAUUGAAA